UAAAAUCCUCCCAUUGCUUCCAUUCAUUUCCUACCCAUUCCUCUGUUUCCUUCUUACUUCUCAUAUUCAAAGUCAACAGAGAUGAUGCAACGCUGUGGAAGCUACCAAUGCUACUCGGCCGGAGAGUGUUCUUGUGAGGCUGCGUUUUACGGGCAGCAGACCACCUUCUUCUCCAUGCCUGCUUACAACAAUUACUAUGAAUCUCAACAUUAUUCUUUCCAAUCCUCUUCCCCCGUCGUCGAUUGUACGCUCUCUCUCGGUACCCCCUCCACUCGUAUGACGGAGUUCGAUGAGAAACGCCGCGAGGAGCAGCAAUCCGCUUCUAAUUUCGCCUGGGAUUUUUCUCGCACCAAACAUCCUCCCUCCUCCAAAAGUGGCCGCCGUGGUGGUGAUAAAUCCAGCUCCAAUGCUGACCAAAUGUUCGCUCGCCACUGCGCCAAUUGCGACACCACCACCACCCCCCUCUGGCGCAACGGCCCUAGUGGCCCAAAGUCGUUAUGCAAUGCGUGUGGGAUUAGAUACAAAAAGGAAGAGAGAAAAGCAGCGAGUUCAGGGCAGCAGGCGAGUUCGAUGUACAGAAACGAGACAAGCUCGUGGCUUCAGCACCACUCGCACACACAAAGAACGCCCAGAUUCGCACAUGGAAUUGGGAAUGAUAUGAAUCCAAGCGUGGCGAUUCUGUCAUGGAGCCUCAACGACACAGAACAACCUCAGCUUUACUACGACUUCACAAGUUGAAAUGAAAAAAAAGACAACAACAGAA